CCUGUUUGACCCUCCGAUCCCCGGCUGUGUGUGUGUCCGUGUGCACCAGGCUCCAUCCGAGCUCUCUCGUCAGCACACUUUUCUGUUCUCUCUCUAUAUAUAAAUGGUUUAAAAAAAUAGAAAAAAAUUUAAAAAAGCGGAAAAAAUCUUACCCAAAAAAAAUUUAAAAAGAAAAUCCCAAAAAAAUAGGCGGGCGAGGGGUUUUAAAGGGGGAAAAAAAGGAUAAAAAAAACGAAAUCAACGAGAAGAUUCUCAACGUCUCGGAACCCGAGAGGAAAAAAAAUCAAAAAAAGGAACCGACGACCCGACAAGGAACAGAACCCGCGAGGAACGGCCGCGAAUCGCCACCGACCACCGUGUCCAGCCAGUCAGCCGCCUGCGCCGCCUCCUCCCGGGACCCCGUCUCAGCCCGCCGCUCGACGCCGUCUCAGCCCGCCGUGAGCCACCGCCCUCCGCUGAUAUUUCCUCCUCCAAACCCUCUCUUGUUUGUUUAAUUUCGGUGAUCCGUUCGUUCUGUAAACACACACUUUUUUUAAAAAAAAGGAGCGCCGUCUGCCGGGCCCGCACCGCCGCCGAGCUCGAGUGAGUCCGAGUGACCGUUUCCCUGUCCCCGCCCCGUGUACACACACACACACGCUCUCUCUCCCCCCUCUCCGCCGGCAUGAACCCCAGCGCGCCCAGCUACCCCAUGGCCUCGCUCUACGUGGGCGACCUGCACCCCGACGUGACCGAGGCGAUGCUGUACGAGAAGUUCUCGCCGGCCGGGCCCAUCCUCUCCAUCCGCGUCUGCAGGGACAUGAUCACCCGCCGCUCGCUGGGCUACGCCUACGUCAACUUCCAGCAGCCGGCCGACGCUGAGCGUGCUUUGGAUACAAUGAAUUUUGAUGUUAUCAAAGGCAAACCUGUUCGUAUCAUGUGGUCUCAACGUGACCCAUCCUUGCGGAAAUCUGGAGUUGGCAACAUCUUCAUUAAGAACUUGGAUAAAUCGAUUGAUAACAAAGCACUGUAUGACACAUUUUCAGCUUUUGGCAACAUACUUUCUUGCAAGGUCAAGGACUACAACUUCUACAGCUUUCACAAAACUUUAUACCCGGUAGUCUGCGAUGAAAAUGGUUCCAAGGGCUAUGGAUUUGUUCACUUUGAGACUCAUGAAGCAGCAGAGCGAGCCAUUGAAAAAAUGAAUGGCAUGCUUCUUAACGAUCGUAAAGUUUUUGUAGGUAGAUUUAAAUCCCGCAAAGAACGUGAAGCUGAAUUAGGAGCCAAAGCAAAAGAAUUCACCAAUGUAUACAUCAAGAACUUUGGGGAAGAUAUGGAUGAUGAAAGGCUGAAAGAAAUUUUCAACAAAUUCGGAGCAUUCCUGAGUGUAAAAGUUAUGACAGAUGACAGUGGACGAUCAAAGGGGUUUGGCUUUGUCAGCUUUGAAAAGCAUGAAGAUGCACAAAAGGCUGUUGAUGAGAUGAAUGGAAAGGAAAUUAAUGGGAGACAGGUUUACGUUGGCCGGGCCCAGAAAAAGGUUGAGCGACAGACAGAGCUGAAGCGCAAAUUUGAACAGAUGAAACAGGACCGGAUCACAAGAUACCAGGGGGUCAACCUUUAUGUCAAAAAUCUGGAUGAUGGUAUUGAUGAUGAGCGACUACGCAAAGAAUUUUCACCAUUUGGUACAAUUACAAGUGCUAAGGUGAUGAUGGAGCAUGGGCGCAGUAAAGGCUUUGGAUUUGUGUGUUUCUCUUCACCAGAGGAGGCUACUAAGGCUGUAACAGAGAUGAAUGGCCGGAUUGUUAGCACCAAACCUUUGUAUGUUGCUCUGGCUCAACGCAAAGAAGAACGGCAAGCUCAUUUAACAAACCAAUACAUGCAGAGAAUGGCAAGUGUCAGAGCUGUUCCAAAUCCUGUUAUCAAUCCUUAUCAACCUGCUCCACCCUCUGGGUACUUCAUGGCAGCAAUCCCUCAGGCUCAGAACCGUGCUGCAUAUUACCCAGCAGGUCAGCUUGCACAGCUUCGACCCAGCCCUCGAUGGGCUGCCCAAAGUGUCAGACCCCAACCAUUCCAGAGUAUGCCUGGCAGCAUGCGUCCAACAGGUCCCCGACCACCAACCAUCAGCUCCAUGAGACCAACUUCUGCUCAAGUGCCACGUGUCAUGAGCACUCAACGUGUUGCUAAUACAGCAACACAGACAAUGGGACCUCGCCCUGGUGCUACUGCUCCUGGUGUUCGUUCGUUUACACAAUACAAAUAUGCUGCAGGAGUCCGCAAUCCUCAACAACAUCUAAAUACUCAGCCUCCAGUUGCUAUGCAACAGCCUGCAGUUCAUGUACAAGGCCAGGAACCCCUGACUGCUUCCAUGCUGGCUGCUGCCCCUCCCCAAGAACAGAAGCAGAUGCUGGGUGAACGCCUUUUCCCACUGAUACAGAGCAUGCACCCAACUUUGGCGGGUAAAAUUACUGGGAUGCUUCUUGAGAUAGACAACUCUGAAUUGCUUCAUAUGCUGGAGUCCCCAGAGUCUUUGCGCUCCAAGGUUGAUGAAGCUGUUGCUGUACUGCAAGCCCAUCAAGCAAAAGAAGCUGCUCAGAAAGUAGUUGUGCCAAAUGCUGCUGGUGUUUAAAUUCUUCAGGAGGAGAGGAGGACAAUGAAGCUUGCAUUACUGAAGAAAAAAAAUCUAAACAUUGGAAAAAGUUAAAAAAUUUUAAAACAUCGCAAAACAGAAAAUGUAUACAAAAAAAAGAAAGGAAACCUCUAAGCUUAUGAAACGAAGUCACUGCCAGGUCUGGCAUAAGUGAUGCUAGUCCUAGACUUAAUGGGAAAAUAACCAAAAAAAUUGUAAAAUGAAAAGUUUUCUAGGCCGGGGUAGGUGUUUUAUGCACAGAAAUGUUUGAUGCAUUCCUUUCUUUAAAGUUUUGUAAUCCAUUACUGUGGAAAUGCUCAGCAGAUCCACACUGUGUUUAGUUGACAGUGUGUUUGAUGGUUGAGCAUUAGAAACUGAAACUGAACAUUUGGAUUAUAGAAUGCUUGCUUUAAUAAAAAUGCUGAAUAAUGA